AACGUCUGUCAUCCCAUCGUUAUUCCAUAACUUGACAAGGAGAAAGAGAACAGAUGAGACGGAGGUUUGAGUAAAAAUUUGAUUCUAGACUCGAGCAGCCUCUUAAGCUCAACAAAUAAAUCAUAGCAGCAACGGGUGAAAACUCAUAUCGGGAUUAGGUUGUCAUCCCCCACUGCGGAUUUUGCGACUUAUCAAUUGGAUUCUAUUGUAUUCCAUCUCAAGAGUUUAUCUCAUUGGUGCCGCGGUUACCGCUACAGGGAAGACCAAUUCUCCAUUACAUUCGGAGAAGAGUCCCAUCGGUUCCCCAUUCGGUUGCCACCAAUGACCCCUCCACAAACUGGAGCUUGGGCGGCAGCAGGAACAGCAGCAGCAGGAGCAUCGGCCGCAUCGAUAAGAAGCGCGCGCCGCCCACUUUCGUCAUCGCUUCGUGCUCUGGCCGCCGUUCAACAGCAAAACGAUAUAACCACCGGCGCUCGUUCGUCAGUAUUCACAAAAACAAAAACAAAAACAAAAACAAGCGUUAAACCAAUUGGAUCCAAAAACAUUGUCCAGAUUGCCAAAAUGUCCACCAUGGAAGCCACCGCUGGCCACAGCAAGGCAUGCUGCAACGUGCCUCCCGUUGUCGAGUCGGGGUAUGAGAAGAAGGGCACUUAUGAGGAGGUUGGUGGCUACAAGACAUAUGUGACUGGCCCCCAGGACGCCACCAAGGGCAUCAUCGCCAUCUAUGAUAUCUUUGGCUACUUUGACCAGACGCUCCAGGGCAUGGACAUCCUGGCGACGAGCGACGCGUCGCAAAAGUACCGUGUCUUCAUGCCCGACUGGUUCAAGGGCAACCCGUGCCCCAUCGAGUGGUACCCGCCCAACACGGAGGAGAAGCAGCAAAAAGUUGGCAACUGGUUCAAGGACUGGAACCCGGCCGAGACGGCGGCCAAGGUACCAGACUACGUCAAGGCUGUUCGGGAGAAGAACCCUGGUAUCAAGAGCUGGGGUAUUAUUGGCUUCUGCUGGGGCGGCAAGAUCGUCUGCCUGACCACCUCGUCCGACAACAACCCGUUCGCAGCCGGAGCCUCGAUCCACCCGGCCAUGGUGGACGCCGCCGACGCCAAGAACAUCAAGGUGCCCCUAAUCGUGCUUGCGUCAAAAGAUGAAGCUGCGAAGGACGUCUCGGCGUUCGAGGAGUCGCUGCCAUCCUCGGUGCCCAAGCACAUCGAGACCUUUGGCGACCAGGUCCACGGCUGGAUGGCGGCCAGGGCGGACCUCAAGGAUGCCAGGGUCAAGGAGGAGUACACUCGCGGCUACAAGACCGUGAUCGAGUUCUUUGGCAAGAACUGGAACUGAGCUUAUGGGACUUGCGGGACCGAAGCAUCCUGUGGCGUGUAGAUUGCCGUGGGAAGAUCUCAGAGUAGAUUAAUAAAAUUAAGUAAAAUUGACGUUCA